AUGGCGGCUGCAAACAAUGAUGGCGGCACCACGAAGGACUUCGCCCUCGCGACCCUUCUCACUUUGAUCGAAGACUACCACUCGUUCAACCCAGACACCACUGUCCCGACCUAUGCAUACCCAACGCCCCUCGAAUUCAGCCAACAGGUAGCCCGCGGACGGCCGUGUGUAUACCGGCUUGACCGCAGCGUGCUCGACGACAACAACGACGACGACGAACGCGAAGGGGGUAACGAUGUGGACCUCCAGGCCAAGAACGGCUGCUGCCACGGGGACGAGGAGAUCAAACUUCGACAACGCCUCCGGGAAGAGCAGCGCUCGAUCCUCUCGGCGCCGUGCUUUCGGUGGACGAAGAAGAGCCUCUGCGAGCUUGUGCAGGGCGAGGUCGAGGUCGCUGUGACUCCGGACGGGCGGGCGGACGCGCUAUAUUCUCUUUCGACGAGGGGAGCAGGAAUGGCGCCGAAAGAUGUAAGCGGGCACGAGGGAGACGGUGGAGGUGAAUCAGAAUCAGAAUCAGAAUCAGGAGGUGAAGUAGAAGAAGAAGAAGAAGAAGAACAAGUCUUCCUCCAACCAGCCUCGAUAUACAUGACUCUUUCAGCCUUGAUCGACAAGCUCUGUCCUUCACAGACAUCACCAUCACCAUCACCAUCACCAUCUUCACCCCUCUCUCGGCCCAUCUCCAAUAUAACCACCUCUCAAAAUACAUCCCCAUCCAUCCUACCCUCAAGGACAACAAACGAGGAAGUAUACUACCUCCAAUCGCAAAACUCGAACCUCCACCUUCCCCCAUUGUCCUCCCUCCUCCCCGCCCUCCCACAGUCCGGCGGCCCCUUACCAUUCAGUGCGCCCGUUCUCGGCGCGGUCCCCGACGCCGUCAACGUGUGGAUCGGCAACUCCCGCUCCGUGACCAGCACGCACCGCGACCCGUACGAGAAUUUGUACCUGGUGGUCAAAGGACGGAAAACGUUCGUGCUGUACAGUCCGGUGGAGGAGAUGUGUUUGCACGCGCAGAAGGUGAGGACGGGGCGGUGGGUGGUAAAUCCACCCGAGGAUGGGAAUGGAGGAACGGAGCAGGGGGAGCGGUUUGGGAUUGUUAUGGACGAAGACGACGAGAAUGAGGGGGGACAGGACUAUGACAAUGACGUCGACGAGGGCGUAUCAUCACCACCGCCACGACCGCCAACAGCCAUCAUCUCCGAGUCAAAUCUAGGGGAUAAUCGCAUCCCUUGGAUCCCCAUCGACCCUCUCUCCCCGCCGACGCCAACGUCCACAAAAUACCCGUGCUACAAACACGCCCGCCCCCUAACUGUCACGGUCUCCGAGGGCGAAAUCCUCUACCUACCCGCAGGAUGGUUCCACCACGUCAGCCAGGAAUGUGGAUCCUGGCAGGGCGAUGAUGGGAGUGGUGAGAAAGUGGCAGCACCUUGCAUAGCGGUAAACUACUGGUACGACAUGGAUUACUCGGGAGAGAAGCAUGUCAUGAGGGAGAUGGUGGGACGGUUGGUUGAGAGGACGCGAACGGAUGACCGAAGACGGUCGACUCCAAAUGGGUCAUGA